AUGGAUGAGGACAAAUUAGAUGCUAGAUUAGGGUCUAUCAGGGACUCCUUGCGAAAGAAGACCAAACUUGCGUCGAGAAAAGCUAAGGAAACCCUAGCACAGCGAGUUAUUACUAAAUGGAGGUAUAGGAAGAAAGCUUAUGACGGGAGCUCAAUGCUCCCAGAAAGGUGCAAAAAUCGUGUCCAAUUGUUCGACGAUUUAGUACAUGAAAGCUCUAGUGAUUUUGCUGGGUUCCAAUUACAUGACUCGCAGGCCAUGUUGGAGCGAAUAUGUUUGACCCAAAAUUAUACGAGACUCAUGCUCAUUGAAUGGGACGUUCGGUGGGUCAAUCCGCUAACUUUAGCAUCGAAAGGUUGGAAACCAUAUCAAGGACAAUCCAGGGCCCAGGCGGUCUUUAAGUGCUGCUGUUGCCACGCCAUCAUGUCGAUGCACUUAUCAAAGAAUGAUGACAGUACCGCUGAUUACAACAGGAAGUUGAAUGAAAAAAUAUGGCAUUCGAAUGUUAUCAAUAAUCAUCUAGAUCAGUGUCCGUGGAAAAGAAAUCAAUUCGACGUGAACAAAGAAUACCAUUUAAGUUCACAAACACUUAUUAUAGACAUUGAGAGAAUUUAUACAGAUAUUGAGAAGAUAACAUCCGGAUUAGAAAUAUUCAAUCUGAAAAGGAACUCAUCCCGUAUAUUUUACUAUUUGACUGAAAAGAACAUGCAAAAACUGGCCAGUUUUUUCAAUUGUAACGACUAUUCUCUUCUUGGACUGUUGCUUCUCGGUUACACGAAAUUCGAGAAAGAGGAUUUGGUCCAGUGCACAGCCUGCUUUCACCGGGCAUCUAUCAAAAGGUUGGAACAUACAGAUUUUAAUGGACAUGCUCUGUGGUGUCGAUAUUACAACAAAGAACUGCUGUCCAUCAUGUUGCUGGAGUUGAUUGAUGAGAAGGACAAUGCAGCUACAAAAAUGAAUGUAGAGGAAAGACUAAAUAAAUUAGAGAUUGUUCUACAAACUUUAUAA